UGUCCCCAUACAUUAUAGUCUCACCUUCUUCUUCUUGUGUCUUGUUCAAUUCAUAGUUGUUGAAUUGAAACCCUGUUUACUCUCUCACCCUCUCUGUGAUUCCACCAUUAUAGUCUUCACUCUUUAGAAUCCAUAUCCCAAUUUUCACUCAAAGCAUUACAUUGUCAAUUCAAUUUGUCACGUAUAUAUGUUAUAUUUUUAAUAUGAUAUGAAUUGAAUGUUAUGGAUUCAGAGCAGGACACAAUGUUGGUGCCUCCAUGGCUCAAACCAUUGCUUAAAACACCUUUCUUCAAUGUCUGUCGCAUUCAUGGAGACGCGGCGAGGAGCGAAUGCAACAUGUUUUGCUUGGACUGCAAUGGUGAUGCCUUUUGCUUUUACUGCCGUUCCUCAAGGCACAAGGAUCACCAUGUCAUUCAGAUAAGGAGAUCUUCUUAUCACAAUGUGGUGAGGGUGGGGGAAAUUGACAAGGUGUUGGACAUUAGUGGAGUGCAGACUUAUGUGAUCAACAGUGCUAGAGUUCUGUUUCUCAAUGAGAGGCCUCAACCAAAGUCUGGGAAAGGAGUAUCUCACAUCUGUGAGAUUUGUGGUAGAACCCUCUUGGAUCCAUUUCGUUUCUGUUCUUUGGGAUGCAAGCUUGUGGGAAUAAAAAGAAAUGGGGAUGCAAGCUUUAACAAGGAGGCAUUGGCAAUGGAUGGGAUGUCAAGGAGAUCAGUCUCUUCAAGACAGCAUGAAGAAGAAUUGCGUGAAGGAUCACAAGAAGACAUGUACCCUGACACGCCUCCUCCACCUGCUUCAAAUGCAAGGAGAAGGAAAGGGAUUCCUCAUAGAGCUCCUUUUGGCUCAUAAUCAUUACUUCCUUUCCCCCUAAAAAUUG